AUGUUUGGUAAAGAAAUAAAAAAAAAGUACUCCACAUCAGCCAAGUCCGAAGUCACUUUAUACUGUAAUCGAAGCCAACAAACGAUGGUAAUUUAUCUGGUUUUGUUUCAGAGACAAGGAUGUAUCCACGGUGAAGAACUGCCGUACAUAUUCGGCGCCCCACUAGUAGGGGGAUUGAUGCAUUUUCCGAGGAAUUACACCAAGUCAGAAGUCCUGCUCUCCGAGGCUGCGGUUAUUUACUGGAGCAAUUUUGCACGGACGGGUAAUCCGAAUGAGCCGCAGGACCAGGACAUGUUGCACAAACAAGAACACGGUCGGUUUAAGAAUAUCGAAUGGACUGCGUACGAGACCGUACAUAAAAAAUAUUUGAGUUUAGAUACGAAGCCCAAAUUGAAAAGCCAUUACCGAGCCCAUAGACUGUCGUUUUGGUUGAAUUUAGUUCCCGAGCUGCACAAGCCCGGCGACGACGUACCUUAUUAUCAUCACAUGUUCCAAUCCGAUCUACGAGGAAUGACGUUUAAACCAGGUUCCGAAAGAACGACCAGCAGACCGGCACCGGACGUAUACUACCGGGGUCAACCGCCGGCCACCAUGCAACAGCCCGCGACUGGCAAUAAGACCACUUCCGGGACUUCCGACGGCGGGACGCCUAAUGGGACAAACGUGCUGCAGCCUCCACCGGUAGUGGUGGCGUCUUCCUCGUCUUCAGAUCGCGGGGAUGGCGAUAAUGACGACGGUGGUGGUGGAAGUGGAGGCCGGCAGCUUAAAAACGGCCCUAAUGGUGACAAAGACGAUGGUGAAGGUGGUGGUCGAUCGUCGUCGGGUUCCGAUGGCCAGGACGACUUAGGAGGUGGUGGCGUUGGUGGCGGUGCGGCGUAUCAGACGUUUCCGUUGGCCUUGGCAGUGGCCAUAGGCAUUGGCUGUUCGCUGCUGUUCCUCAACAUAAUGAUUUUUGCUGUGAUCUACUGCAACAAGUCAGCCGGUUGGGGUGGCAGGCGGGGCAGCAGCAACAGCAGUCGGCGGACUUCCGGCGCCGGAGGAGAUGCCGAGGACUUGCAGCAGCAGCAGGACGACCGGAUCAGGAAGAUCAAAAAGCGUCCCGAAAACGGAGGUCCGAUGACUAAUUUGUGUUCUACAGGAGGAGCCACUGAGUUGCUGCAAAUGAUGGAGACGCGGCCGGUGACGCAACACCUGCAGCACCAGCACCAACAGCAGCACCAACAACCUCACUCAAUACUGAAAAAACCGCCAGUACCUGUGACCACUGUGGUCGCCCCGAACGGACCGCAGUCUCCCACCGACCAGGGUGCAGGUGUGUGCGGGCCCGUGGCCGCGGCCGGUAUGUCCAGGGGGGCCGCGCAACCCCCGCCCGCCGAGUUCGCCGACGUCGCGGCCCAGUGCUAUCACCCGAGUGGCAGCAUCGUGGGCAUCGGGGCCGCGUCCACGCUGCCCCGGCCCCCGCCGCCGCCAAAGUGCCCGCGGCCGGAUCACCAUCACCAUCACCACGGCGGCGGCGGCCAUCACCACCAGCAGCACCUUCACGGGACGAUCAGGAGACACGCGGCCGCCUCGUCCACGCUGCCGGCCUGCACGUGUUCCGGCCCUGUGGCCGCCGGCGCCGGUGCCGCGCAGCCGCCACCGCAACACCAGCAUCCCCCCCACGCGUCUUCGUCCAGCCUGGCCAUGGACGCGGCCACGGAACCGUGCACCAAGGCGGUGGCCGUCGAGGAACUGCACGUGUGA